AUGGAUGGGCGUUCUUCUCCAGUGCCACCUCGGCAAACCGGCAUUCUAGAACCACAUUCCCCCGCAAAUGAAGCCGAUCGUGGAGAUAAAUCAGACCAUGUCGAGGCACAACAACUUGCCAGUGACAAUCCUGUCAAUGAGAAGAUCAAAUUGCAAGACCAGACGAAUUUGUUGCCCGUGAAACAACUGCUAAUUGUUUUUGUGGGUCUGAGUUGUGCUUUAUUCUGCGCGCUUCUUGAUCAAACUAUUGUGUCCACCGCUCUUCCAACUCUUGGACGUGUUUUUCAUGAUGCAUCAGUUGAGUCAUGGGUUGGAACAUCGUACCUUCUCACAUCUACAGCAUGCCAACCGCUAUAUGGGCGUCUGUCCGAUAUCUUUGGCCGGAAGAUCAUUCUUCUUACCAGUAUGGCCUUUUUCUUAUUUGGGUCUAUUUUGUCCGCGGUAUCCACGAGUAUGAUCAUGCUCAUUGUAUUCCGCGCAAUCGCGGGAGUCGGUGGUGGUGGCAUUCUCACAUCAGUCAUGAUCACUGUGUCUGACGUUGUUUCUUUGGAGAAGCGAGGUACCUAUCAAGGUGUCAUCGGUGUGGUUGUUGCUCUGUCCAACUCCAUUGGUCCUCUUGUCGGUGGUCUUUUCACCGAGAAGGUCUCUUGGCGAUGGUGCUUCUACAUCAACAUUCCCUUGACUAGCAUUUCUAUUCUCGUUGUCUUGCUAGUCCUACCUCUGAAGAGAGUCAAAGGAGAUAUGAUGGUCAGAUUCAAGCAGAUUGAUUAUCUGGGAUGUCUUACGAUGCUUAUCGCGGCUGUUUUGAUAUUGCUACCAAUUUCCUGGGGAGGCACUAAGUACGCCUGGAACUCGGCUGGAGUCAUCGCUCCUCUUGUCCUUGGUAUUGUGUUCUUGGCCCUCUUCAUUCUAGUGGAAAUAAAAUUUGCAAAAUUACCACUCAUCCCGAUGCAUAUCUUCAAGAAUGCAACAGUCGCUGGUGCAUUGUGCGGUGCAUUUUUCACUGGUUUCAUGUUCUAUGCCAAUUUAUACUACCUCCCCCAAUUCUUCCAAGUCGUCUACUCGGCCUCCCCAAUCAGAUCCGGUGUGCUACUCCUCCCACUAGUUGUGACUCAAUGCGUCGUGUCAUUUACCUCCGGCUUCCUUGUCUCCAAGACAGGGAACUACACCAUCAAUAUGUGGGCAGGCUUUGCCAUCUGGGCUGUUGCAUGUGGUCUGCUUUCCACGAUCUCACCAACAACAUCUCUCGGACGACUAGUCGGAUAUCAGAUUCUCAGUGGAAUCGGGUCUGGUCAGACGCUUCAGACAAAUCUGGUUGCUAUCCAGGCCAAUGUUCAACGGAAGGAGAUGGCUGUUGCUACUGCCACCAGAAACUUUCUGCGUUUGUUGGGUGGAACUAUAGCUUUAUCUGCCUGUGGUGCGAUUCUGAAUAACACUGUCCGGACUGAGUUAUCAUCCACGGUAUCCUCCGCGGUCCUAUCCAAGAUCAUCUCCGAUCCCACGCAAAUCAGCUCGGGAUCAUUGGACAUUACCGCAGCACAAAAGUCAGCAGCCAUUCGAGCCUAUAGCCAUGGGAUUCGCAACAUCUACUACUUUAUGGUUGCAUGCUGCUGCGUCUCCUUCUUCGUAACCAUCUUCUUCGUCCGCAGCACCAGCCUUAAACGUGACGAUGAUGCGAGACUACAGGAGGAAGGCAAGAAGUGGGCGGCUAAGCAUCGGGGUAUUCAUGCGUUGGGGAAGAAGAAUGUUGAUCCUGUGUCGAAUAGCGAGAAAGCCCCCGCUCCCACAGUAGCCGUGCCCGAAUCUCAGGUUAAGGGCAGCAAGUAA